UUCCACUCUUUAUUCUCCACUUCUCGUCCGCCCUUCUCUCUCUCUCUCUUUCUCUCCGCUCCUAUCCUCCGCCCUCUCUCUCCCCUCUCACUCUCACAUCCAAACCCUAAUUCAUCUCCACAGCUCUAAUCGACUGUUUCCUUCGCCGGAUUUGACCGUUCAAUUUUCCCCGGUGAAAUCUCCGAUUCGGUUACCUCGUUGUUGACGGGAUAAUCUGGAGGCGGCGGACGGGGGGCUGAGUACCGGAGAAUGACGACGACGAGCGCUGUCUACAUCAGUGUCAUCGAGGACGUCAUCAACAAGGUCAAAGAAGAGUUCGCCAAUGGCGCCGGUGAAGACGUCCUCAAGGAGCUUCAAGGAACUUGGGAGGCGAAAAUGAUGCAAGCUGGGGUUGUAAAUGCUCCAAUUGAGAGGUCUGCGGCGGUGAAGCCCGCGCCUGGAGCUGCUCCAGUUCAUGAUCUCAAUGUGCCGUAUGAAGGGACUGAGGAGUAUGAAACUCCCACUGCUGAAUUACUCUUCCCUCCAACUCCAAUGCAAACUCCUUUGCCCACUACUUUGCCCCCAUCAACUCCCGGUCAAACACCUCUACCGGGAACUGCAGAGAAUUAUAAUAUUCCUACUGGAGGUAGUGAUGAUUCUGGCGGCGGCAACGCAGGUGGAAAUACAGAGACGAAACCUGGAAGACCUAGCCCAUACAUGCAACCUCCUUCACCUUGGAUGACCCAGCGACCCCCACUUGACGUUAAUAUUGGUAAGUUGAAUAUUAUAUCGGAUAUACUUCUUUACCCUCCAUGGUUGGGUAUUGAUUCACACUUUAUUUGUGUAGCUUACGUGGAAGGGCGGGAUGAGGUGGAUAGAGGAACCUCUCAUCAAUCCCCGACACAGGACUUCUUCACAAUGUCUGCUGGAAAGCGAAAACGUGAAGAAAUCCCCCCACAAUUUCAAGCUGGUGGGUUUAUACCCCAGCAAGAUGGAGCCGCAGAUGCUAUACCCGAAUUUUUUGAGAUUGAGAUUUGUGGAGGGAGCACUUCUGUUGGUGGUGGGUGUGCGUAUGGUAAGAUGUCCGCUUGUUCACCGAAGAUUCCUCAACUUGAUGGGCCAAUCCCUGAUCCAUAUGAAGAGCUAUCUACUCCCAAUAUAUACAAUUAUCAAGGAGGUUUCAAUGAAGACUACAACAUUGCCAACACACCAGCCAGUGAUGCACCAGUCAGCACUCCAGCUCCUGUUGUUCAGAAUGAUGUUGGAGAUGAUGAGGAUGAUGAUGAGCCCCCAUUGAAUGAAAAUGAUGAUGAUGAUUUGGAUGAUGUGGACCAAGGGGAGGAACUGAACACACAGCAUUUGGUACUGGCUCAGUUUGAUAAGGUGACACGCACCAAGAGCAGGUGGAAGUGCACACUGAAGGAUGGCAUUAUGCACAUAAACAACAAGGAUGUCCUUUUUAAUAAGGCGACUGGAGAGUUUGACUUCUGAUUAGUUGGAGAUAUGUCUAUCCUGGCAUGCAGUUCCGUUACCAGAGCAAGUCCAGUGUUACCAUUGGCCUGUGGGUGUUUUGUAAUUUUUCUUUAUGAACUAUUAUUAAGAAAGCUUUGAGGGGGAGAGAAACAUUCUAGAUAUCCUGUUAAGAUUGGGACCGAUGAUGUUGGCCUCUGUACAUAAAGGAUGAAUGCUUUUUUCUUUUCGGCCUUUACAAUGGAGGGCCACUGAGGCACGUUUCUAAAGUUUAAAUAUUUUGUGCAAUGGAAUGUGAUUCCAUUGACUCUGUACUUGGAUUUAUUGGUUCGAGUUGAGAAUUGCAUCGCUUAGAAACUUCGCAGUUGAGAUAACUUCAGCUUGUAUUCAGUUGUAGCAUAUGUUUCCAAAUCUACUGAAACCAUAUCUUUAGAGAACU